AUGUAUGGCAUGUUAUUUGCUGUUUGCCUGAUAAUUCAAUGAUUUUGUAUUUAGAUGCUACUUGUGUAGAACAUCUGUUUACAGGAUUUGUUAUAAAACAAAAAAAAAACUGGCCUGGUAUGAAUUUAGGCAGGAACUUCCCCUGAAGAGUUUCACAGUGAACUGAUUUCUGGCUGAUUUGGUGCAAAGAUCUCUGAGACUGAAGCAGGAAUGUACACAAAACAAGAAGGAAACUGCAGGGAAAAAGGAGCAAUGCAUAAUUUGUGUGCUACAAAUGGAAGAACAGAGCAGUGUUGUGGGGAGCAUAAAGAGAGACUGGAGUUAUUUUGUAAGGAUGAUGAGACUUUUAUCUGUGUCCUGUGUGUUCCCAGACAUUCCAGCCACAGUCUUGUAUUCCUGCACGAGGCAAUCGGUGUGUAUAAGGACAAGAUAAAAACAACUUUAACAUCUCUAGAAUCCAAAGUGAAAGAAUUUAAAUACAUGCAAAACCAUCAUGAGAAGGAAAUUGGAGAUAUAAAAAAAGAUGUUUUUAAUUUGGAGAAAUACAUUAAACACGAAUUUGCAGACUUGCACCAGUUUCUCCUAGACAAGGAACAACAACUCAUCCAGCAGCUGAAGAAUGACGAAGCAAAUACUCUAAAACAGAUGGAAGGAAAUCUCGAGUGCAUUAAACAAGAGAUCGUUACCUACCUUGUGACAGACUCUGAUGGCAACUUGGAGGACAAGAUUAAAGAAGAGGACAGCCUGAAAAUAAUGGAAGAAAAUGUUAAAUCUAUUGAAAGUGAUGCUCUGGCCAUUAAGGGCAUUAGUCACAGCAACGUGGAGAUCAGACAACCAGAACCUGUUGGCUUGCUAACAAAAGAUGUUUUUAAUUUGGAGAAAUACAUUAAACAAGAAUUUGCAGAAUUGCACCAGUUUCUCCUAGACAAGGAACAACAACUCAUCCAGCUGCUGAAGAAUGAAGAAGCAAAUACUCUAAAAUGGAUGGAAGGAAGUCUUGAGUGCAUUAAACAAGAGAUCGUUACCUACCUUGUGACAGACUCUGAUGGCAACUUGGAGGACAAGAUUAAAGAAGAGGACAGCCUGAAAAUAAUGGAAGAAGAUGUUAAAUCUAUUGAAAGUGAUGCUCUGGCCAUUAAGGGCAUUAGUCACAGCAACGUGGAGAUCAGACAACCAGAACCUGUUGGCUUGCUAACAGUACCAGAAACUUUUGAAGAUGUCAUUGUUACUUUCUCAGAAGAGGAAUGGGAAAUGUUAAGGAAACAAGAUAAGGAGUUGUACAGGGACGUUAUGGAACAGAACUAUGAAACCUGUGUUUCUGACAAGAUAAAACCAACUUUAACAUCUCUAGAAUCCAAAGUGAAAGAAUUUAAAUACAUGCAAAACCACCAUGAGAAGGAAAUUGGAGAUAUAAAAGAAGAUGUUUUUAAUUUGAAGAAGUACAUUAAACAAGAAUUUGCAGAAUUGCACCAGUUUCUCCUGGACAAGGAACAACAACUCAUCCAGCAGCUGAAGAAUGACGAAGCAAAUACUCUAAAAUGGAUGGAAGGAAAUCUCGAGUGCAUUAAACAAGAGAUCGUUACCUACCUUGUGACAGACUCCGAUGGCAACUUGGAGGACAAGAUUAAAGAAGAGGACAGCCUGAAAAUAAUGGAAGAAAAUGUUAACUCUGUUGAAAAUGAUGCUGUAGCCAUUGUGGGCAUUAGUCGCAGCAACAUGGAGAUCACACAACAGGAACCUGUUGGCUUGCUAACAGUACCAGAAACCUUUGAAGAUGUCACUGUCACUUUCACAGAAGAGGAGUGGAAGUUGUUAAAGAAACAAGAUAAGGAGCUGUACAGGGACGUGAUGGUACAGAACUAUGAAACCUGUGUUUCUGUUGGAUAUCUCUGCAUGCAGAGCUCCAGGCCUGGAAUAAGAUCGGGUGUAGGGGCCAUGGUCCUGUAUAAGUCCUCCAUAACACUUAACCAGUGCUGUCCAUUUAAUGGCUCUAAUGAUCAUGAUCCCGUACCAGAAACCUUUGAAGAUGUCACUGUUACUUUCUCAGAAGAGGAAUGGGAAAUGUUAAGGAAACAAGAUAAGGAGCUGUACAGGGAUGUGAUGGUACAGAACUAUGAAACCUGUGUUUCUGUUGAUUUAGAUAUAGAUUUAUCUAAAAUAAAUAGAAUACCUGGAAAAUUAAAAUCAAAAAUUCAAAAACAAAUCUCUCUUAAGGAACUAGUUGAUAAAAUUAAAGAAAGUAAAAAUAACAAAGCCCCUGGAAUUGAUGGAAUUAUAAUUGAACUAUAUAAGAUAUUUCCAUCUUCAGCUAUCUGA